UAGAUUUAUUCAUUCAGCCAAAAUUUAUUGAAUGUUUACAGUAUGUCAGGUCCUGUGUGCCAGAUGGGAAGAAUAGAGAGAGCUAGGCGAUCUGGAGAGAAUAUAAUGAUGGCACAUGAAGGAAAAACAAAGCUUCGAAAGUGGUCUCUUCUUUCUCCUGGUGGCUUCCAGACCACGGCCUCCCCAGCCUUCUUAAACUUUCACAUUAUCUGCCUUUGUGAGGUGCUGAGCCUUAAAGGUGCUGGGAGGGCAUCAUGCUGUGGGACCUUCCUUCGAUCCCUCGCCCUUCCUCUCCAGAAACCCAUUGCCUCUUCUGCCAUCUUGGCUACGGAAGUGCCCGCCCCUGAAGCGCUAGUACCGGAAGCUGGAUCUAUGGGGCGCUCACUGUCGCUGCCGCACUUGUCUCUGUCCAGAAGUGCCCACCUGCCAGGGAUAGCACCAGGAAAGUUCCAGAAGAAGUGGAGGCGGCCGCAGCAAACGCAGGGCCUCGGGCAGUUUAGCGACCAGUGGGUGCGACUGGAAGAGAAGUGAGGCAACUGGGCCGGCCAGAACCCCAUCCCCUGAUGGGUCUUCACUCGGUGGCCAUGCAAGCGUUGGGCACAUUACACCUGAGCUGAGCUGAAAGGACC